AACUGUGGCUGUUUCGUUCCGUGACGACGUCGGACAGAUUUGCCGACGUACCACCAAUGUCAAACUCACGGCGAAUCUCGCACAGACAUACCUGACCUCAGUAUUCGUUGGUACUUUGGAGCAACUUUAGAGUACAUAUAUAUAGAAAUUUAUUUGAGGACCUCGCCACUGCUUUACUGGAGAAACAGGACAAAUUAUUCUACCGAGAUGCGUCUCACGCUGCAAAUGCUGAUCUCCCACGGCCGGGUGGCCCGGAGGAUUGGUUUGGGUCCACAUUCAAGAAUCAACAUGCUGCGGAACAUUUUGACAGGACUGGUCCGACAUGAGAGGAUAGAAACCACGAUGGCCAGAGCAGAUGAAGUCCGCUUUUAUGCUGAAAAGCUGGUUGACUAUGCCAAAAGGGGAGACACUGAUGAGAAGGCCAUGAAAAUGGCCAGCUUUUGGCUGACGGAAAAGGACCUGGUGCCAAAGCUCUUCAAGGUCCUCGCUCCACGGUUCGAGACGCAGUCGGAUGGCUACACACGGAUGGCUCGCAUCCCAAACAGACAGAACCUGGACAGAGCCAAGAUGGCCGUUCUGGAGUACAAAGGCAACCCCUUCCCUCCCCUCUACCCUGUGAAGAAACGGAAUGAACUGACGCUAAUCAACCAGCUGCUCAAAGGCUACAGAGAGGAGAAGGCGCAACUGUUGGCUGCAAAAGAUUAAUCAAUAGCAUUGUGGUCUAGGGUGAAUGAUGUGAUGAACUAGAGACUCACCUGCAGAUUGUUGCUUUAAAAAUUACCAUUGUUUUCAACACAAGGCGUUUUUAAAAGCUGCAGUUUGUUCCACUUCUGUGCUGGGACAUUUUUUUAAAUUUUUUUUUGUGUAUUAAUAAAUGUUCAUUUCACACGUU